GUCAUGUACAGAACCUCCAUUCUUUGUCAGAAAUUUCCAGUUCAAAGAGUCCAGAAAGUCCACGCAUUUUUAUCAUGGGAUCUUGCCCGCGGAUCCAUCCGCAUAGUCCAUCUCCUUCGUUCUUCAUUUACUCCAACAUCUCGCCGUCAUCUCUCACUACAUCUCGAGACCCUAGUGGCCAUGGCGAAGUAUGGCCAGGGCGACAAGAGAUGGAUCGUGACCGAACGAUCGGACGGCAGGAAUGUCCAUAACUGGCACUGGGUGGAACGCGAUUGCCUCGAGUGGUCUCGCACAUUUCUCUCAUCUGUCCUCUCCGACCUCACCAUCCUUGAAGGCGAUGGUGGCAUUUUCAUUCGCACCAAAACUCUCGACAAACUCGAAGGUGAGGCCUAUGUUAAUGUCAGGAAGGGAAAGGCCAUCCCCGGCUAUGAGCUCUCCAUCUCUCUCUCUUUCGAGGCAGAGACCCGAAGUGACUCCGAUAGCAGAGAAGGUGGCGCCGCGCAGCUUUUACGCAUUACGGGAUCCGUCGAGGUCCCUUACCUCGCUGAUGAGAACGCUGGUGAGGACCCCGAGCUCAAAAUCGUUAUUCGUGAUGGCGAUGGCGACGGCCCGAUCGGCCGCAUGAUCAAGGAAGCCUUUAUUGCCAAGGGAAAGCCGGUGAUUCUUGACAAAAUUCGGUCCUACGUGCAGGCUAUGUCGAAGGGUGGCCCGGCCAAGAACGAGCUAGAGCUUAGAAAAGCUCCUUUAGCCUCCGAGAAGCCACAAUUGGCUACUGCAGUGGCAGGAAAUCCUGCAACAGGUGCCCCAGCAAGUCAGCUAGCUGCGGGAAACGCUGGAAAGAAGGAGAAUAGUGAAAAAGAGGGGUUCAAGACUAUCACGAUGACUGAGAGGUUUAGAUGCAGGGCGAGGGAUGUUUACGAGAUGCUUAUGGAUGAGAACAGGUGGAAAGGGUUUACGCAUAGUAACGCAAGGAUUAACAAGGAAAUUGGGGGUCAGUUUAGCCUUAUUGAUGGCUCAAUCACUGGGGUAAACGAAGAGUUGCAGGAAGGGAAACUAAUUGUGCAGAAAUGGAGAUUCAGUAGCUGGGCUGAUGGGAUCCAUUCCACGGUUAGGCUUGAUUUUGAUGAACCAGAGCCUGGUGUCGCCGUUGUAAAACUGACUCAGAAUGGUGUUCCUGAACAGGAUAGGUUUGGAUAUUCUACAGUUGACACUACUGAGAGGGGGUGGAGAGAGCUGAUCUUUCACCAGAUAAGAGCACUCUUUGGCUUUGGAAUUUAAGUUAUCGUCAAAUAAUUAUUCUCUUUUUUUAUUUCAAUUUUUUUUUAGUGUAGAUUUUAUGAUAAUAACGCGAUUACGUAUGGAAAUGAAAUGUACGUGGCUUGUUGAGUUUCAGCUUCGUGGUGCUUGUUGGUGUGGCAAAUGUCUCCAUGUAACUUUUAUGAACCGGAGGAUAAAACAAAAAUCAAAAGUGAAAGUUUGUUUGAAUUUGUUA